AUGGGGUCUCAAAGCAUCAGUUCCUCAAUCAGCAGUGUAGCCACUGUGUUAUGGUGUGCCGGUUUGUUGCUUGUAGGAUUGUUUCCAACCGCUAUUACUGGAAUCACAAUCAAGGGACAUGACAGAGAUCGCGAAGCAUUGCUUGCCAUAAAGUCACAAAUUAAUCAUAAUCCACUUGGAGUCACAAGCUCAGGGAACGACUCUGUAGCCUUGUGCCAGUGGAAAGGAAUAACUUGUGAACAUAGGCAUCAAAGGAUCACCAAGUUGGAGUUAAGCCAGCAACGGUUGGGAGGUGCCUUAUCUCCCUAUGUAGGGAACCUCAGCUUCCCAAGGUUCAUCAACCUUCAGGACAACAAUUUCUAUGGUGUCAUCCCCCCUGAAAUUGGUCGACUUUCGGGGCUUGAAAGUUUAAUUUUAAAAAACAAUUCCUUUGGAGGAACAAUACCAGUCAAUUUGACCCAUUGUUCUAACCUCAUUCAGUUUAUUGCCAGCCGGAACAACCAUGUCGGGAAUAUCCCAGCUGAGCUCGGCAAUUUGUUGAAGCUCGAGAAACUGCACAUUGGUUACAACAAUCUAACAAGACAACUGCCGCCUUCUCUUGGGAACGUUUCCACUCUUCAAGAAAUCUUCUUAACUGUGAACAACUUGCAGGGUGGAUUGCUUGAUGCACCGCUAGGCCUUCUAAAGAGGUUAGUCUUGCUUCAGCUAGAUAUUAACAAUUUCUCUGGCUUGAUUCCUCCUUCAUUUUAUAACAUCUCAUCUCUUGAAGUCUUAACUCUAGGAGACAAUCAACUCCAUAGAAGCCUCCCACUUAACUUAGGCACAAAUUUGCCAAACUAUAAGAAUUUGUUAUAUCAGCUGAUACUCUUAGUGGGAAUCUACAAGAGUCAUUAUCCAAUGCUUCAAACCUUCGAUGGAAAUGCUUUAACUGGGAGAAUCCCUACCUCUGUAGGAAAUCUUUCACUGCUAAACGUGAUUGGUUUAGAAGAUAACCUCUUAGAGGGUAGCAUUCCUGUUGGGUUUGAAAAAUGUCAAAAUUUGAUGAUGAUGACAUUAAACUCCAAUAGGUUAACAGGUCCGGUUCCCAAAGAGAUAUGUAACAUAGAAACACUCUCAGUUUACCUAGAUCUGUCCAAUAACCUUCUAACAGGCUCCUUUCCUUUAGAAGUAGGGAACUUGAAAACUUUGGUACAACUAGAUAUAUCAGGAAACAAGUUCUCUGGUCAAAUUCCUCCUACUCUAAGUAGUUGUACAAGCUUGGAGACUCUUUAUUUGGGGAAAAAUCAUUUUUAUGGAAGUAUCCCAGCCUGUUUGAGCUCCUUGAGAAGCAUUGCUGAGCUGGAUCUGUCAAACAACAAUUUGUCUGGUCAAAUCCCAGUGUAUCUUGAGAAAUUAUCCUUCUUGAUAUACUUGAAUCUCUCUCACAAUCACUUUGAAGGACAAGUGCCAACGAAAGGAGUUUUCAGUAAUGCAACAGCAAUUGCACUAACUGGUAAUGAUAGGCUUUGUGGGGGAAUUGCUGAAUUGAAUCUGCCAAUAUGCCACUUUAACGAGCCCAAGAAAUAA